UUUACUUAAAUCAGCUCCAGCCUUUUUGUCUUCUCUUGUCACAUCCUUGUGAAUCUGUAGAAGAAAUCUGGGUUAUUCAUUUUCCCAGCUCUUUUGUUUUAUAACGAUAUAAGAGGUUUGCUGGAGAAGAUCCAACCAAAGUUGGGAUCUUUAGAUUUGGGGGAAAAACUGUUCUUCAAUAUCUUUGUGUAAUUUGAUUUGGAUACUUUCUUAGUAGUACGAAUCUGAGGUUGGACGGAGAUGAAUUCUUUGACUCCUGUAAUGGAGAAGCAAGAGAGUUUUCGAGGUAGUUCCAUGGAGGAACAGCAGGGUCUCAGAUGCGUUGGGGGAGAGAACCAAGCGAGAAAGGGAAGACCUUUGGAGAAGCAAGUUAGUUUCCAAGCUGGGAAUGUAGAGAAGCAUGGGAUCAAAGGGAGAGCGAUGGAGAAACAAGACAAGGCAAUGGAGAGGCAGAGGAGCUUCCGUGGCUUCGUUGAGAAGCAGAAAAGCUUCCGGAUAGUAAUGGAGAGACAGUUAAGUUUCAUGAAUGGUGGUGGGGAGAGGAAGAAGAAGAAUGAGUCACCUGGUAAAAGAGGUGAUUUCCCUCUUCACAUUGCCGCUCGAACGGGGAAUUUGGGAAAGGUUAUGGAACUGAUUCGAGGUUGUAACAGUACCCUAGAGUUGAAGGAGUUGUUGUCAAAGCAGAAUCUAGAAGGAGAGACUCCUCUGUACACUGCAGCAGAAAACGGGUAUUCCUUAGUUGUUGAAGAGAUGUUGAAACAUAUGGACCUUGAUACCGCAUCAAUUGCAGCAAGAAACGGUUUUGAUCCUUUCCAUGUCGCAGCAAAACAAGGCCAUCUUGAGGCGUUGAAGAAGCUGUUGGAGACAUUUCCGAAUCUGGCUAUGACGACGGAUUCAUCGUGUACAACUGCAUUGCACACGGCUGCUACACAAGGACACGUUGAUGUGGUGGAUCUUCUUUUGAAGACGAAUCCUCAUUUAGCUAAGAUAGCUAAGAACAAUGGUAAAACCGCACUUCAUUCUGCAGCGCGGAUGGGGCACAGAGAAGUUGUUAAGUCUUUGAUAGGUAGUGAUGCAAGUAUCGGAUUUAGAACCGAUAAAAAGGGACAAACAGCACUUCACAUGGCUGUCAAAGGUCAAAAUGAAGGGAUUGUCCUUGAGUUGGUGAAACCUGACCCUGCAGUUUUGAGUGUUGAGAAUAAUAAAGGGAAUUUGCCAUUGCACGUUGCCACAAACAAAGGCCGUACUAAGAUAGUUCGAUGUUUGGUAUCAUUUGAUGGAAUUAACCUCAAUGCUAUGAACAAGGCUGGAGAUACCGCACUUGAUAUAGCUGAAAAGAUUGGAAACUCAGAGCUAGUGUUGGUUCUGAAGGAAGCAGGAGCUGCAACAGCUAAAGAUCUUGGGAAGCCUCAAAACCCAGCUAAACAACUUAAGCAAACAGUCAGCGACAUUAAACACGAGGUACAGUCUCAGCUUCAACAGUCUCGCCAAACGGGUGUUAGGGUUCAGAGAAUCGCAAAAAAACUAAAGAAGCUUCACAUAAACGGUUUGAACAAUGCCAUAAACUCAGCAACCGUUGUGGCUGUUCUAAUUGCAACAGUUGCAUUUGCAGCAAUCUUCACCAUACCUGGGCAAUAUGAAGAAGAAAGAACAAAGGGUCCGUUAUCGUUAGGAGAAGCCCGCAUAGCCAACAAAGGCCCGUUUUUAGUCUUCUUCAUAUUCGACAGCUUGGCGCUGUUCAUAUCCUUGGCUGUUGUUGUGGUGCAGACUUCGGUUGUGGUGAUUGAGCAGAAGGCAAAGAAGAAGCUUGUGUUUGUGAUCAACAAGCUCAUGUGGUUGGCUUGUUUGUUCAUAUCCAUUGCCUUUGUUUCUCUUUCUUUUAUCGUUGUGGGUGAGGAGGACAUUUGGCUGGCCAUUUGUGCAACGGUUAUAGGCGGGACGAUUAUGCUAACCACAAUAGGUGCAAUGUGUUACUGUGUGGUCAUGCAUAGGAUUGAGGAAUGUAAACUGAAAAGCUUAAGGAAAGAGAGAAGCAAAUCGAAAUCUUUCUCACUGUCUCAUAUGCCUUCAGAGUCGGAGAUUCUCAAUAGCGAAUUCAACAAGAGAAUGUAUGCACUCUGAGACUAAAAACUCUUCAGAACCGGCAGUUUAAUGUAAAGAGUAACAAAUGUAUACAAGGAUCACGUACCUGUAAACCAUUUUGAUACAAGUGAGGAGAUACAAAAUUCGAAUACGUACUACCUGGGGAACAGUCUCAAAGAAUUCUACAAUUUGUUGACACAAGGAAUUUUCUACAGAAACAAAGAAUGAAUAAAACUGAUUCUUCACCU